AUGUCAGCCUUUGCUUUGGUCGUGCCGACCUUCCGCUCCCAAGAAGGCCGAGCAAAGGCCGGCACAAAGGUCGGCAUUGAAACGCCGGGAGGAAAAGGUCGGCACGAGCAAAGGCCUUCAAAGGCCAGCCGGCAUAAAAGGUCGGCAAAGGCCGGCAGGAAGAGUCGGCAAAGGCCUCAGUGCAGCAAAAGGCCGGCAGCGGAAGCAGCACGUGGCAAAGCCCGGCAAAGGCUGACAUACAAGGUUGGCAAAGGCCCGCAGCGUAAGGCCGGCAGCGGAAGGUCGCCAAAGGCCUGGAGCGAAAGGCCGGCAGCGGAAGCGGCACGUGGCAAAGGCCGGCAAACGCUGGCAUACACUGUCGGCAAAGGCCGGCUGCGGAAGGCCGCUGAGCGGAAGGCGGGCACCGGAAGGUCGGCACGACAAAGCCCGGCAAAGGCUGGCAUAAAAAGCCCGGCAAAGGCCGGCAGCAGAAGGUCGGCACGUGGCAAGGCCGGCAAACGCUGGCAUAGAAGGUCGGCAAAGGCCUGCAACGGAAGGUCGGCACGUGGCAAAGAGUGCAAAGGCCGGCAAUGGCAUAGACGUCGGCAAAGGCCGGCAGCCGCAAGGCCGGCAGCCGAAGGUGGGAAGCGGAAGGUCGGCACGACAAAGCCCGGCAAAGGCUGGCAUAAAAUGUCCGCAUCGGGAGGCCUGCAGCGGAAGGCCGGCAGCGGAAAGUCGGCACGUGGCGAAGGCCUGGAACAGCUGGCAUGA